UAUCUGUGUAUCCGUCUUCCAUAAAUGAAUCGGUGCGGCGAGGCGGCGGCAUAGAAAGACUAUCAAUUUUCGUGAGUCGAAUAGUGAAUCUAGUCGAAAAGUUAGCGUUUGUUACAUUUUUUCGCUCGGCACAUUAGAAGCGCCUUUGGAAAUAAUACCACACAAACAUGUCUAGCGAAGCUCUAGUCCCUCCUCCUGUGCUGUGGGCCCAGCGCAAAGAAGACGUAUUUCUCACGUUUAGCAUCGAAACUAAAGACCCGACUAUUAAAAUAGAAAAGGAUUCCGUUUACUUCAAAGGUGUUAAUGCAUCAGACAAUAAAGUGCAUGAGGUAACUAUACCAUUAUACGAUGCUGUGCUCCCUGAAACAAGCGCCUUCGUAAAUAAAGGAAGGUGCAUAGAAAUGAUUCUUCGCAAAGAAAAGAAAGACUCUCCCUACUGGCCAUCACUUACAAAGGAUAAGAAGAAACCGCAUUACCUCAAGGUAGAUUUCAAUAAGUGGAAAGAUGAGGACGAUGAAGAUGAAAAUGGUGAGAUGCCUGGAGGUAAUUCAAUAGAAGAGAUGCUCCGUUCAAUGGGUGGUGGCGGCGGUGACAAGGCUGACAAACCCUCGUUCGAUGACUUAGAAACGGACUCGGACGAUGAAAAUUUACCAGAUCUUGAAUAACAUCUCCCGAGUGAUAAAACUUAUAUUUAACACAUUGAAAGUACAUUAUGUAUAAGGUUUUUACAGUUAUAAUAAAAUCACUGAUAAAAUGAA